AUGGCAUUUCUCAUGUUGUACCCAGCUGUGGCAGUCCUUUCCCUGUUUGUUUUAAUUGUCAUUAUCCUGAUGCUAAGGUAUGGAGCGCAGUGGUGCAAGCUGCGUCAUACAACAUUCAGUGACGAACCAUAUGGGAAUGAUGAGGAAGAAGCUUAUGAGCAGAAAGUGUCUUAUGCAUAGAAACUAGUUUGGCUUAUUAUAUUUCUCUGAUAAUGAUCUUAAUUAAUCCGUCCAGACUUUUUAUAAUAAUAAUAAUUAAGAUAUAAUAAGACGGUAGUGGAUUUACAAGUAGGCUGAAACUUAUAACUGCAAUCAUGCAGAUUUAUUUUUUCCUGAUUAUCCAAAAUAAAUUAGGGGGGUCCAUUUGGAUUAUUGAAAAUGUGAUAAUGAAGAGAAACAAAGUGUCGCACAACUUUAUCUAAUAUAUAUAUGCUUAUUUUAUUUUAUAAAAUAUAUAUACACUUAAGACCAGUUUUACAAAAUUGGCAACUGGCCUAAUAGGCUCUUGGAUAAUCGGCAUUCUACUAUGCUUUUCUUUCUUUCUAUCUAUUUGGUUAUACUUCUCUCACAAAAAAAAAUGUAAUAGUUUAAAUUCAUAGCAAAUUUGUAAAUCUACCACUGAAAAUAGAUAAGAAUGUUUUUCUACUAAUGAACUUUAUUUUUGAUGUAUUUGUGUUUAUAUUUUAUAUUUGUUUGUAAACACGCAAGCAAUAUAUUUAAUUAAGAAUUUUUAUAAUAAAAUUUUACAAAUUUAA